AUGUCUCAUCUUGCCGCUGAGCCCGAGUUUGAACAGGCCUACAAAGAGCUUGUGGCCACCCUUGAGGAGAGCUCGCUGUUCCAGAAGCAUCCCGAGUACAGAACUGCGUUGAGCGUCGUUUCUAUCCCAGAGCGUAUUAUCCAAUUCAGAGUCGUCUGGGAAGAUGACAAGGGUAACCUGCAAGUGAACCGCGGGUACCGCGUCCAGUUCAACUCCGCUCUUGGCCCGUACAAGGGUGGCCUGCGAUUCCACCCUACCGUCAACUUGUCGAUUCUGAAGUUCCUCGGAUUCGAACAGAUCUUCAAGAAUGCCUUGACAGGAUUGAACAUGGGUGGUGGAAAAGGAGGUGCAGACUUUGACCCCAAGGGCAAGAGUGACAAUGAGAUUCGAAGAUUCUGCGAAGCGUUCAUGCGAAGGCUCUGCCAGCACAUCGGCGCUGAGACUGACGUUCCCGCUGGUGAUAUUGGCGUCGGUGGCCGAGAAGUUGGCUACAUGUUCGGCACAUACCGCAAGGAGAGGAACAAGUGGGAAGGUGUUCUCACCGGCAAGGGUCUCUCUUGGGGUGGUAGCUUGAUCCGACCAGAGGCUACUGGUUACGGUCUCGUCUAUUAUGUCGAGCACAUGCUCAAGUACGCCGGAAAGGGCAGCUUCAAGGGGAAGCGCGUUGCCAUCUCUGGAUCCGGAAACGUUGCCCAAUACGCUGCUCUGAAGUGUAUUGAGCUUGGUGCCACAGUUGUGUCUCUGUCCGACUCAAAGGGCGCCUUGAUUGCCGAGGGCGACGCGCACUUUACCCCCGAGCACGUCAACGAGAUCGCAACCAUCAAGCUCGACCGCAAGCCUAUCACCGAGUUCAGCGGCAAGUCGCAAUUCAAGUACAUCGAAGGCGCGCGCCCCUGGGUGCACGUCGGCAAGGUGGACAUCGCGCUUCCAUGUGCGACGCAGAACGAAGUUAACAGAGAGGAGGCCGAGACACUAGUCAAGAACGGCGCUCAGUUCGUCGCUGAAGGUUCCAACAUGGGCUGCACGCAGGAGGCGAUCGACGUGUUCGAGGCCGUUCGAAAAGAGAAGGGCAACAACGCUAUCUGGUAUGCGCCGGGCAAAGCGUCCAAUGCAGGCGGUGUGGCGGUUUCCGGUCUUGAGAUGGCACAGAACAGCAGUCGUUUCAACUGGACGGAGGAGCGUGUCGACGAGCGCCUUGCUCAGAUCAUGAAGGGCAUCUUCGACCAGAGCAUCGAGAAUGCUAACAAGUACGUCGAGGCCAAGGAGGGCGAGCUACCUAGCUUAGUCGCUGGAGGCAACAUUGCCGGUUUCCUCAAGGUCGUCCAGGCCAUGCACGACCAGGGCGACUGGUGGUGA